GGCGCCGAGACCCCGGAGUGCGCCCCCGGGAUGGAGAGGGAAGCGGAGCGGCAGCCAACACCGCCCCCGCCGCCGUCCCCGCCGCCCCCUGGGUUCCGGCUUCUGACCCGGCAGAAGUCGCAGGAAGAGCUGCCGCUGGCGAGCUUCGAGGAGGAGCACUACGACUGCUACGACUACUACAACCUGCGGGAGUACCCGAUCCGCGGGCCCGGCUGGAGCAAGGGUCGCACCCGGCGGGAGCGGGAGCUCCGCACCAACCGGCCGGUGCCCGCGGGCCAUGAGCGGAAGAUCGCCCAGAAGCUGUACAACAGCCAGCGGAAGCGGCGUCAGCGCCAGCUGCAGCCCCGGCCUCGCACCCUCAUCUGCUGAGGGUGGCGGCCUCCGAGUCCCGUCGUCCUCCGCCCCUGGCCCCGGCUGCACAAGGGACGUGUUAGAGUCUUUUCUUUGACUCCAGCUGUAAGUGUUUCCGUAAGGGAGAGAGUCCAUGUUGGUCACCAGGGCUCGCUUCCUGACACCUCCAGUGCCUUUCUCCUUUGAGCUGUUCCCUCCGUAAGAUCCGUGUUCAGUCCCUUUGGGUGUGUCUUCUCUUUAGGAUUCCUCAUUAAAGGAGAGCAGCAAGAAUGGCUUUUCAA